GCACUGAACCUGCAAGCCGGGAGGGAUGGAGAGUAACAUCCAUCUGAGCAGUUUGAUCAGUCGGCACGACGAUGAAGCAACAAGAACGUCCACCUCGGAGGGGCUGGAGGAGGGGGAGGUGGAGGGGGAGACUCUGCUGAUCGUCGAGUCAGAGGACCAGGCGUCCGUGGACUUGUCUCACGACCAGAGCGGGGACUCCCUAAACAGUGAUGAAGGGGACGUGUCGUGGAUGGAGGAGCAGCUGUCCUACUUCUGCGACAAGUGCCAGAAGUGGAUCCCAGCCAGUCAGCUGAGGGAACAGCUCAGUUACCUUAAGGGCGAUAAUUUUUUUAGGUUUACUUGUUCCGAUUGCUCUGAAGAUGGCAAGGAGCAGUGUGAGCGGCUGAAGCUGACGUGGCAGCAGGUGGUCAUGCUGGCGAUGUACAACUUGUCCCUGGAAGGCAGUGGGCGUCAGGGCUAUUUCCGGUGGAAAGAAGACAUCUGCGCUUUCAUUGAGAAACAUUGGACUUUUUUGCUUGGGAAUAGGAAAAAGACCUCCACCUGGUGGAGCACAGUGGCGGGCUGCCUUAGCGUGGGGAGCCCCAUGUACUUCCGCUCGGGAGCUCAGGAAUUUGGAGAACCAGGAUGGUGGAAGCUCGUCCACAACAGGCCCCCUACCCUGAAACCCGAGGGAGAGAAGCUGUCCAUCUCCACUCUGAAAGUGAAAGCAGCCUCGAAACCAACUUUAGAUCCCAUCAUUACUGUCGAGGGACUUAGAAAGCGGGUGAGUCGGAAUCCUGUGGAAUCUGCCAUGGAAUUGAAAGAGAAAAGGUCUCGCACUCAGGAAGCGAAGGACAUCCGGAGAGCCCAGAAAGAGGCGGCUGGCUUUCUUGACCGCAGCACCUCCUCGACGCCUGUGAAGUUCAUCAGCCGAGGACGCAGGCCGGAUGUGAUUCUGGAAAAAGGAGAAGUGAUCGACUUCUCGUCCCUGAGCUCCUCUGACCGCACCCCGCUGACAAGCCCAUCUCCUUCCCCGUCUCUGGAUUUCUCUGCCCCUGGGACCCCUGCCUCUCACUCAGCCACGCCCAGCCUGCUCUCAGAAGCUGAUCUGAUUCCAGACGUGAUGCCGCCACAAGCCUUGUUUCACGAUGACGAUGAGAUGGAAGGUGACGGCGUCAUUGACCCCGGGAUGGAGUACAUCCCGCCCCCUGCCGGCUUGGCCGCCUCGGGGCCAGGGGUUGGAGGCAGGAAGAAGGUCAGAGCGCCUGAGCAGAUCAAGCAGGAGGUGGAGAGUGAGGAGGAGAAGCCCGACAGGAUGGACAUCGACAGCGAGGACACAGACUCCAACACGUCCUUGCAAACAAGGGCUCGAGAGAAGAGGAAGCCCGUGCUGGAGAAGGACCGGAAGCCCAAAGGGCCCAGGUUCACCCCCGUGAGCAUCUACGAGGAGAAGCUGCUCCUCAAGCGGCUGGAAGCCUGUCCCGGGGCCGUGGCCAUGACCCCGGAGGCCCGGCGGCUGAAGCGGAAGCUGAUUGUCCGGCAGGCGAAGAGGGACCGGGGGCUGCCGCUCUUUGACCUGGAUCAGGUUGUGAAUGCCGCGCUUCUGUUAGUGGACGGGAUUUAUGGGGCCAAAGAAGGAGGAGUUUCCAGGCUUCCGGCUGGACAAGCCAUGUACAGGACAACCUGUCAGGACUUCAGAAUCCUUGACCGGUACCAGACUGCCUUGCCAUCCAGGAAAGGAUUUCGGCACCAGACCACAAAAUUUUUGUACCGUUUGGUGGGGUCAGAAGAUAUGGCUGUGGACCAGAGCAUUGUCAGCCCUUACACUUCUCGGAUCCUAAAGCCUUACAUCAGCUGUACAUUUUUGCAGAAAGGAUGGUCCUUUGAAAGAAACAUAAAAGUUUGUUUAUUUUCUGGGUUCUGGAGGCGUGAUUAUGAAACAAAGCCACCCAAACUGCAGCUGCUGUCCCAGAUUCGUUCCCACCUGUACAGGAGUGACCCUCACUGGACGCCAGAGCCGGAUGCACCUCUUGAUUACUGCUAUGUCCGGCCAAAUCACAUUCCGACGAUAAACUCCAUGUGUCAGGAGUUUUUCUGGCCUGGUGUUGACCUGUCCGAGUGCCUGCAGUACCCGGACUUCAGCGUCGUCGUCCUCUAUAGGAAAGUCAUCAUUGCCUUUGGCUUCAUGGUCCCCGAUGUGAAGUACAACGAAGCGUACAUUUCAUUUCUGUUUGUCCAUCCUGAGUGGAGAAGAGCGGGGAUCGCGACUUUCAUGAUUUAUCAUCUGAUUCAGACCUGCAUGGGCAAGGACGUAACCCUUCACGUCUCAGCGAGCAACCCUGCUAUGCUGCUCUACCAGAAGUUUGGAUUCAAGACUGAAGAAUAUGUUUUAGAUUUUUACGAUAAAUAUUACCCCUUGGAGAGCGCGGAGUGUAAACACGCGUUCUUCCUGCGGCUGCGACGCUGAUGUGAGUGCACCCCUUCACAGAGGGGCACACGUGCUCGUAGAGGAGGGCCGUCAGUAGACCCCCAGCAGCAGGUGCUCGCUUCACCGCGGGUUCUGAUCUCAGCCGAGCUGAGAGCGGCGUGGGCAGUGGCAUCAGUAGUGGGCGCCCCUUCAGCUGAGUCGCUGUCCAGCCCUUUCUGGACAGGCCUUUGCCCACACCUUGGACUCCACGGUCAACUAAGACUGGCAGGUGCGCUGUCCUUUGCCCGACAGCCUGUCGAGCCAGGAAGGUCCAAACUGGUGUUCUUGGGGAGAGAGAUUCUGUCCCGUUUAAAGUGUGAGAACUGUGAUCGCGGUUAAGGGUUCCUGCGGUGCUUCCUUCAGAGGCACCAUGCUGUCCUGGGGUGGUGAGAUGAUCACACGGUGGACGCCAGCCCGUCCCAGCCUGGCUGUGCUGUCACUGAAGCCAGGGGGACCCGUCGGGCACUCGCGGACUUUGGUCACGGUGUUCGUGUGUGACGUCGCCUCAGCUGUGCCCCUGUGAGCAUCCCCCACCGGGGCCCUGGCCUAGGAGGCGGGAUCCCGUUCUCCCCUCCUGUGGCCGGAGUAGCUGAGCGGCCUGGCAUUUCAGUUGUGCCCCUGGAUGGAGGCAAGUGGCGGUGGGAGGGGAGCCGGCCGUGGACGGUCCCGUCUUGUCUGUGGAACGAGGCUGUUGGUGGGUUUGUGAGUGUUGGAGCUGGACUGUCAGGUGUUUUUGGAUUUAGCAGGAACAUUUCCAGAAGUAUCCGAUGUUCUCAAAUAAAAAUCUUUCCUUGUGACGACCCA